AUUACGUACGAGCUAUCGCAACACGAGUGUUAAUGUUUUUUAAUCGCGUUCCUCGACUCUUGACAAUUUCACAGUUUUUCAGUGCAAAUAAUUUAAUGGUGUCGCCAACAGAUCAUACAAAUAUCAUCCUAAGUUGAGAGAGAAAUGGGAAUUCAAGAAGCUUUGAAUUUUGCAUUGUACACUAAUCCACUUAGCUCUAGUGCGUUAGGUAUCGCAAAAUCCGCAGUAACUGGCGCUGCAGGUUACAUCGGACUCACUCCGAAGUCUGAUAUCAAAAUGGUCAGCCCUCCUCCAGUACCUUUAUGGAAACUCGCAGCUGCUACGGGUCCUUACGUAAAGCUUGCAGCUUUCAGUGGCGCUGUUGCUGUUAUCCUCGGCGCUUAUGGCUCUCACCGACAAUAUCCAAAAGCAACUGGGAGGGAGAAUAUGAAAGUCUUUCAUACCGCUAGCCAAUACCAUUUUGUUCACACACUUGCACUCUUGGGUUUGCCGCUUUGCAGAGCACCGAAUGUGGCUGGAGUAUUUAUGGUCUCUGGAAUUCUGUUGUUCUGCGGUCCAUGUUACUACUUUGCCUUCACGUCUGACAAACGUUUCAGUAAAUUUACUCCUUUUGGAGGUACGUGCUUCAUUCUUGGCUGGUUAUCGAUGUUGUAUUGAUUCUUCAAGAUUCCUUCAGUCGAGCCAACUAAUGCCAAAGGAAUUGACACAUAUGAUGAAUCCAAGAUCUCACUAUUCCGUAUUGAUGAUGUAACACACUUUAUUUUCACGACAUUGUUCCCAGAUCCAAUUUUUUGUUAGAUCAAAUUGCAAUAAACAUGCAUUUGUACUGUGGUAAAA